AUGGUUUCCAAGACUUUCAUGAUCGCGGCGAUGAUCGCCUACGUCGAGGCCCGUUUCGGUCAGGAGCAAGUCCCUAUCAAUGCUAUCAGCAGUGUUCAGGGUGGUGACGCUGGUGCUGCUUCUACUAUUGCUGGUGCGGCCAUCUCUGACCUGCUUGGUGGAGCAAACUCUUGCGACAAGCUCGUCCGUGCUGACCAGAUCUUCACUGAACUCGGUGGAGGUGCCGAUGCCCUUACUGCCGCUAUUGGCAUGGUUACCGCAGAGAAGAACACCAACCCCUUCGCUGGCGGUAACGCCCAGAACGUCUGUGGCGAUGCUUCUCUCCCUGUCACUCCUGAGCUUCGUGGUAUUACCCCUCUCAUCGACCCCGAUGUUGAUGUCAACGGUGAUGCUGCGGCCCUUAGCCAGAGCAGUGCUGCUUCUCCUCUUGCUGCCGAUGGCCUGAGUGUCUUUGAUCUCAUGGACCAGGCUGGUCUCGGUGAUCUCGUUGUCAGCCAGGCUUCUGCCGGUGGUGCUGCUGCGGGAGGUGCUGCUCAAGGUGGAAACCAGGCGGCUGCCGGUAAUGGCAACGCGGGUAACGCUGCGAAUGGCAAUGCUGGCAACGCUGCUAACAACGGCAACGCAAACAACAACCAGCAACAGCAAGGUUCCGCCGCUGGUAACGCUACUGACAAUGCUGGUAACGAUGCCGCUGCUGGUAACAACAAUGCCAACAACAACAACAACAACAACAACAACAACCAGAAUGCCAAUGCUGGUAACAACAACAAUGCUAACGCUGGUAACAACAACAAUGCCAAUAACAACGGCAACGCUGGCAAUGACAACGCAACCAACAACCAGAACGACAACCAAAACAACAACAACCAGCAAAACGGCAACAACAACGCUGGUAACAACGCUGGUAACAACGCUGGUAACAACGCUGGUAACAACGCCGGUAACAACGCCGGUAACAACGCCAACAACCAGAACAACAACCAGCAAGAUGCCGCAGCAGGAAACGAUAACAACAAUGCCAACGCCGGUGCUGAUGCUGGCAACGCAGCCGGAGGAGCAGCCGGAGCCGGAGGUGAAGAUUUCGGCCUCUGCACACCUACCAUAACCUUCCAAGGCGGCGAGAACGGUCGUGCAGCUGACGAAUUCACCUUCCAGAUCGCCGAUCCCCUAGCUCGCGGCGGUCAAGGAGAAGCCCUGAAUCCCGACAUCAUCACCAACGCUCUUUGCAACCAACUGACCAAUGUCUGCGAGGCAAACGACGCCGCUGUUGCCACAUGCGAAAGUGCUGCUGCCGCUGUUAAGGGUGGAGAUAGGAACAAGGCUUUGGCGGAUCAGUUCAACAGCCUCAUUGGAUUCCCAGGUGCAGUCACAAACCCUGAUGGUGGGCCUGAGGAUGUUGCUGCUGCCGGUGCGGGUGCUGCUAAGGCGAGGAAGAUGCGCAGGGGACUCAGGAUGUAA